CAUGUGUGCAUGAAACUGUGUGGAGUGUGUUUACGCGCGCGUAUGUGUGCGUGUGUAUGUCUGUGUGUGUGUGUGUGUGUGUGUGUGUGUGUGUGUGUGUGUGUGUGUGUGUGUGUGUGUGUGUGUGUGUGUGUGUGUGUGUGUGUGUGUGUGUGUGUGUGUAUGAGUCUCAUGCUCUGGUGUUCCAUCUCUCCCCUCUGUUCCAGCUCUGCCUUCCCCAUCUGGACCGAGGACCUGGUUUGGAGGGGAGAUGGAAGAGGGAGGUGUGUGUGUGUGUGUGUGUGUGUCUGUCUGUGUGUGUGUGCGUGCGUUUGUUGGGACGGGAAGGCGGUUGCCCUGUGGGAGGGGGAGAGCUCGGGUAGGAGGCAAUGACAAGAUCAAAGGGGCCAGUGUGUUGUUGGCUGUGUGUGUGUGUGUGUUUGCGUGUAUGGGAGAGACACGGAAACAGCAGACCGUGAACCUGCACACCAGUGAGCAGCUCAUUGCAGACUCAGCUUUGCCUGGUUGACUGAAAGUGGACGAUCCAAGCUGCUCCAUCUACAAGGGACUUCAGUCUACUGUGAGCUCCAGUCCACCACAGAACCAAGACGUGUAGAGCUGCGGUUGCCAUGCCGGAAUCCACCUCCUGAGCUUCUCUGUGACGCCCUACGCCGGGGGAGGAUGGGUGAUGGGCCCGUGACAUUCAGCGGACUCUCCCCUCCUUAUCCCAUCCUCUCAUGGAGCACCUUGUCAAACCGAGUUCCUCCUGGAACACUUCCCUCUCGGGACUUCCCUCGUUUACCGUCUCGCUGCAUCCAAACGCUUCCAACGUAAGCCAGGUGGUGACAAGCGUCCAGGCCGGUCUAAACGUGAACCAGACUUUAGCCCUGUGCGCCAUGCUCAUCAUGGACACCCUUGCUGUGGUGGGGAACCUCGCCGUAAUGAUUGUCAUCACCAAAACGGCGCAGCUACGCAAGUUCGCCUUCGUGUUCCACCUGUGCUUGGUGGACUUGCUGGCGGCGUUGGUGUUGAUGCCUCUCGGGAUGGUGUCGGACCGGUUCUUGGUGGACGAGGCCGUGUGUCGGAGCUACCUCUGCUUGAGUGUUUGCCUGGUGAGCGCCGCCAUCCUCACCAUAUGCGCCAUCAACGUGGAGCGCUACUAUUACAUCGUGCACCCCAUGCGCCACGAGGUGAAGAUGACAUUGGGGGUGGUGCUGAUGGUGCUGGUGGGCGUCUGGAUUAAAGCCGUUGUCAUGUCUCUGAUGCCUCUCCUGGGGUGGCUGCUCCAAGGUAACCAGGAGAUGACCUCUCCGUCGGUGCUCACUCAUUGUUCCCUCCACUGGGCGGGAGGCAGGACCACACGCCUGCUCUUCAUGGUCUUCUUCACCUUCAUCUAUUUCCUGUGUCCCAUGUUGAUUAUUCUCGUGGUCUACUGUAAUAUGUUCAAGGUGGCCCGUGUGGCAGCCAUGCAUCACGGCCCACUCCCCACUUGGAUGGACACACCGAGACAACGCUCCGAGUCCACCAGCAGCCACUCCACCGUGGCCGCAAGCAUCGGAGGGACGGGCUCCCGCAACACCCCUCAAAGGACAUUUGGUGGCGGCAAGGCCGCCGUGGUUCUGGUGGCUGUGGGAGGCCAGUUCUUGUGCUGCUGGCUGCCGUACUUUUCCUUCCAUCUCUACUCGGCCGUGGCGUCUACCUCUCCUGCCUCGCUGGCCCAUUUGGAAGGAGUGGUGACGUGGAUCGGCUACUUCUGCUUCACCUCCAACCCCUUCUUCUACGGCUGCCUCAACCGUCAGAUACGGGAGGAGCUAGGGCGCCACCUGGCCUGCCUUUUCAGAUAUCGGUACGGGUCCGGUCAGGGCGAACAGCUGCCCAGCCGCGAGGCCUCCAUCCAGGAGAACUUCAUGCAGUUCCUUCAGGGCACGGCGCGCAAUCUGGAGCCGUGCAACUCUCACAGCGGAGUGACUCCAGACGAGGUGGAACAUGAAGGCCUCCAGGAGUCAUCUGCUCAGCAAAACACGCCAGCUGACUUCCACAUGCCAGGGCAGAUUCUUGAAGAAACCUCAGAGUUCAUACAGCGGAAAAAACUGAACAAUCAACUCCAUGGUUCGGAAAAGACCAACCACGUACCAGAACUUUAGACGCCUAAAUCUCUUUGAAAUCAUAACACCCUCUUGUUUUGUUGUUAUCUUGAAUUGAAACCUGGUGAUCUGCAAAUCAUGCCACCUUCUAGUUUUUGGUUACGCAGCAUCUUUCAGAGAAAAAGAGAUGUAUCAUGAAAAUAAUCAUGUGCAUGUCCUCAUUUUUCAUCCCCUACAGCAGGGGUCAGGAACCUUUUUGGCUGAGAGAGCCAUGGAAGCCAAAUAUUUUAAAAUGUAUUUCCGUGAGAGCCAUAUAAUAUUACAACUAAAUGCGUGCAUUUUUAAGUAAGACCAACAUUAGAGUAUAACACGUCUGUUAUUCUUUUUAAUAACAUUUUUAUUCUGAAGCUAACUAAUAAUGAAUAAAAUACUUCUUACCAAUAAUGCGACUUCUUGAACAGGUGCGGUACAAAACGGAUGGAUGGAUUAAAAUGCAUAAGAAUGUUUUAUAUUUUGAACGUUAUUUUUAACACUGAUUACCAGUGGAAUUAUUCAUUACUUAUUGUGUUAAGCAAUGUCAGCUAAAAUUAAUCUGAGAGCCAGAUGCAGUCAUCAAAAGAGCCACAUCUGGCUCUGGAGCCGUAGGUUCCCUACUCCUGCCCUACAGUUUGCUAUCAACCGGUAUUACAUGUUUAAGAGACGGAUCAGCAUGUAGACACAAACUAUUUUUCAUUGGCGAAUUCUAAUUUAGUUUGCAUAAGAAGUAUCUUUUAUAGAAAGGAAUGUUAACCCAUUUUGAAGACAAUUAGACGCUUCAGGACAAUCAGUUAUUGGUAUAAACUUUCUUAGUUAUGUCAGACUAAAAACACAUUUACACAGUAAGUCAAUUACAAGAAGGAAAUAUAAUUAAACAACUCUCAAAAGCACUAGAAAAAAUGUAAUAAAUAAACAAUACAAACUAUAAAAUAGAUAGAAAUAAAAAUACCAACUAAAUUAGGCCUGUUUGAUGAUUGCAUUUGACAAUAAGGAUAGGUUGAUUGGCAACACUAAAUUGGCCCUAGUGUGUGAAUGUGAGUGUGAAUGUUGUCUGUCUAUCUGUGUUGGCCCUGUUAUGAGGUGGCGACUUGUCCAGGGUGUACCCCGCUUUCCGCCCGAAUGCAGCUGAGAUAGACUCCAGCACCCCCCGCGACCCCGAAAGGGACAAGCGGUAGAAAAUGGAUGGAUGGAUGGGUUGUGAAAAUAAUCGAUGGACAUCCUAAUCAUGAUUCUUAUUUAUUUCGAUUCAUAAGAGGAGCUUUUGUAACCUGUAACUUGUUAUGAAAAAGGUUUUAUUAUCAUUUUCAUACCGAAAAAUACAUUGCAAGAGUCGUUUUUUAAAAAAAAUAGAACCAUGUUGAAUCGAGAAUCAAUUCUAAAUCAAAUCGCCACCCCAAGAAUCGGAGUCGUGAGUUGUUGGAAAAUUCACAUCCCUAUUUGACGUCGUUGCUUCCCUCACCAGAAGGAGGUGAUAAUUCAAAGCCGUUACAGGAAACUCUCAGUUUCACAGCUGCUGCUGCGAUAAACAGACACACCAGAGUAUUUUUAAUCCUUCCCCUUAGAUCCUGGUAUUCAUGUUUUUAAUCGGUCUUGUGAUAGUCAUCUCCUUGCCAAAAUAUCACAUUGGCAGACUCGACCUCAAGACUAACAUUGAUUUAAUAGCUGGGCAGUAACGUUUAUUGUCACAAAUCACACAGUAGGGCACCCCUAUUUGAGUCCGAGGUGUGUUCCUGCAGCUUUAAGGGAACGUGCAAGCCACGGUAGCCCUCAUUAAAGCAGAAUAAGUGUAUCACACUUUACCAGCAGCUUUUUCUCACUGCUUGAUUAAAGCGUGCUGCAUGUUGACAGGUCAACACAGGAGCAGAGUGAGUGCUCCUGUGUUUGUGAUUGACACAAAAGGCCGUGUUGUGGCUACACAAGAGCACAGUUGUGACGAUGCAUACACAAAAGCUUUCGCCUUUGGCCUCAUUUAGCAUGACAAAUAGAAGAUCUCAGGUGGAGUACAAACACCUUGCACAUGAGGCGUCUUUCAAAGAAAUGGCGCGGCACAAAUCUCCUUUAUGGUUUUUUGCAUCUCUACUCGAUGCUUGUUCUUCCUUGUUGCCUUCGUCUAUUUUGGACCGCUGAUGCGAUCACAAGACUUGUCAGCACAACAAAGAGAUUCACACUUUGCUGGAAGUCAGACCAUAAAGAGGCACUACAUACUUUUCUUUUUUUUAACUUUUUUUUAAAUUUUUUUUAAACAAAAGUAGCUUUGGUUGUGUUAAAAGUGCAAUGUGAGCACUGAUACCCUGAAUAUUCAAGCACAAAAUCACUCCCAAACUCCUCAAUGUUCAACAAUUUGCAUCUACUUAUUAUUCAUAACUCUAAUUGAACCAUACUUACAUCAGCUUUACCCUUUGGGAUAUUUUGAGCAUAAUUGUCAUAAUUAGAUUUAUAUCAAUGUGACAACAAAAUAAAGUUCCAAGUCCAUCACAAGCUGAGGAUUAUACAAAGCAGAAGAUACUACAAAACACCUCCUUUUUUAUCUGUAUAUUGCCCAAAUGUUGUUUUUUUCUUUGUAUCAUUUUGUGUUUCAGAGCUGACUGCUUUAAUUCUUCUUUUUGUGCAAAAAGUUGUUCAGACUUUACUGGGCCCUGAUUAAAAAGAAAAAAACUCCCAUAGCUUGUUGUUGUCACAGUAAUAACCACAUGUUUACUUCUUUGGCCUGACCCUUUCAUGCACAGAUUCCGCCAUUCCUCCACCUGAGGCUCAUCCUCUAAUUCCUAACGAGUGUGUCUGUGCUGCUCUCCAUCGGACACAGUGACUCACAGCUUUCAUGUAGAGCCAUGGAGGGCGUCUCCUACGGCGCAGGGUAAAAGUUCAAAACAUGCUGACCUUUGUGAUGGGCCUCAAUUAACCCCGAGAAUGUAACAAUAGUGCACUGCACUGUUAUAAUAACAUAAUGUACAUCUGUGACCCUAAUGCUGACAUACCAACAGUUGUUAUAUUACCCUCUCUUUAGACAUUGGGAAUUUGGCCGGGGG